AUGAACAACUUUGUCCUCCUCGAAGAGCAGCUCAUCAAGAAAUCCCAACAGAAAAGAAGAACAUCGCCCUCCAACUUUAAAGUCCGCUUCUUCGUUUUAACCAAAAGCAGCCUGGCCUACUUUGAGGAUCGUCCAGGGAAAAAGCGCAUCCUGAAGGGCUCCAUCGAACUCUCAAGGAUCAAGUAUGUGGAGAUCGUGAAGACUGACCUCAGCAUUCCAUGCCCCUACAAGUACCCCUUCCAGGUUGCGCAUGACAACUACCUCCUAUACGUGUUUUCUCCAGACCGUGAGAGCCGGCAACGCUGGGUCCUGGCGCUGAAAGAAGAAACGAGAAACAACAAUAGCUUGGUACCCAAGUACCACCCGAACUUCUGGCUGGAUGGGAGAUGGAGAUGCUGUGCCCAGGUGGAGAAACUGGCCUUAGGGUGCACCCAGUAUGACCCCAGCAAGAACGCUUCAAAGAAGCCUCUUCCUCCGACUCCUGAAGACAACAGACAAAGCCUUGGGGAACUGGAGGAGAUGGUGGUGGUGGCACUCGAUGACUAUGAGACCCGCGACCCGCAGGAGCUGGCGCUUCGGCGCAAUGAUGAGUACUACGUGCUAGACAACUCCGAGGCCCACUGGUGGCGGGUUCAGGACCGCAAUGGGCACGAAGGCUACGUACCUAGCAGUUUUCUGGUGGAAAAGUCUCCGAAUAACCUGGAAACCUAUGAGUGGUACAACAAAAGUAUUAGCAGAGACAAAGCUGAAAAACUUCUUCUGGACACCGGCAAAGAGGGGGCGUUCAUGGUACGGGACUCCAGGAUCCCUGGGACGUACACGGUGUCCGUGUUCACCAAGGCAGCCGUCGGGAGUGAGAACAACCCCUGCAUCAAGCACUAUCACAUCAAAGAGACCAACGACAGCCCCAAGCGAUUCUAUGUGGCAGAGAAGUUUGUGUUCGAUUCCAUCCCCAUCCUCAUCAACUACCACCAGCACAACGGAGGAGGCCUGGUCACUCGGCUUCGGCACCCUGUUUGCUCCUGGAGACAGAAAGCCCCCAUCACUGCUGGUCUGUGUUAUGGGAAAUGGGUGAUUGACCCUUCGGAGCUCACCUUCGUGCAGGAAAUAGGCAGUGGACAAUUCGGGCUGGUGCACCUGGGCUAUUGGCUGAAUAAAGACAAAGUGGCCAUUAAGACAGUGCAGGAGGGCGCCAUGUCUGAAGAGGACUUCCUUGAGGAGGCAAAAAUCAUGAUGAAGCUCUCACACCCCAAGCUGGUGCGGCUCUAUGGGGUGUGCUUGGAGCAGGCCCCCAUCUGCCUGGUGUUUGAGUUCAUGGAAAAUGGCUGCCUGUCAGAUUACCUGCGCCACCAGAGGGGCAUGCUGACAGCAGGGGCACUGUUGGGCAUGUGCCUGGAUGUGUGUGAGGGUAUGGCCUACCUAGAGGAAAAAUGUGUCAUCCACCGAGACCUGGCUGCCCGGAAUUGCUUAGUAGGAGAGAACCAAGUUGUCAAGGUGUCUGACUUUGGAAUGACCAGGUUUGUCCUGGAUGACGAAUACACCAGCUCCACAGGUACUAAGUUCCCCGUCAAGUGGGCAUCCCCAGAAGUCUUUUCCUUCAGUCGAUACAGCAGCAAGUCAGACGUGUGGUCUUUUGGUGUGUUGAUGUGGGAGGUCUUCAGCGAGGGCAAGAUUCCCUAUGAAAACCGGAGCAACUUGGAGGUGGUGGAAGAUAUCAGGAGUGGCUUCCGGCUCUACAAACCCAGGCUGGCCUCGCAACAAGUAUACCAGAUUAUGAACCUAUGCUGGAAAAAGAAGCCAGAAGAUCGACCGCCCUUCGCCAUGCUCCUGAGUCAGCUGGGGGAAAUGGCAGAAUCAGGACUUUAG